CCCUCUUAAAUAAUUUUGAAAACCCCACCCCCAAGCCCCAACUACAAUAUCAGUAUUCUUUUCCACCUCAACAUCAAGGGUUUCUCCUUCAUCCCUCUAGCUAUUCUCAAACAAUCCAGCACAGGUUUAAAUUUUCGACCCUGGUGAACAUUUUUGUUAUAAAAUGCACGCUGUGAAGGUUCCAUGGGUAGGGCAAACCUUUGCCCUAGCUAACUGUAGUGAUUCUGGAGGUAAGAAAUCACGUAUCCGACGAUCUAAGGAGGAAAGAAAAUCCAUGGUCGAAUCUUAUAUAAAGAAGUACCAGAACUCAAACGGGGGAAGUUUUCCGUCGCUUAAUCUCACACACAAAGAAGUAGGUGGAUCGUUUUAUACAGUUCGUGAAAUUGUUAGAGAAGUAAUUCAGGAAAAUAAAGUACUUGGUCCUGCGAAAUUCACACUAGACGAGCAAAAUGAUGACCAAAUGUCUGAACAUUACCCUCUUGGAUCGAUUUCGACACAACCUCUUAAUGAAUUGUAUGUGUCAUCGAGUGGAACACAUUUUGUUGCUAACCAUAAUGCUGUAGAAGAACUGGUUGAUACUGUGAAUGGGCAAGUUAAUGGUAAACAUCAACAGAUUUUUGAGAGUGGUAGUUCUAAUAAAGGGAAUUUGGUGGAUAAAGAAUAUACUGAGACUAAAUCAGAGACAUCUACAGCAUAUUUGAGCUAUCAAAUGCCUUGUACGGAUGUGGAAGUCAUUUCAACCUCGGAGGGGAAAUUGGGAGAAGCGCAAGUGAUUGUUCAAUCCCCUGCAUCUAGAGUAACUCCUAUGGCAACGGGCGUUAUAGUGGAAACCUUCCCUGUAAUCCCUGCUCCCAAAGUGAAUCACGGCGGCGAUGGAAGCUCAGCUGAUGCAAAGGACCUUACUAUAGUUCUAGAAGAGCAUGACGUGAAGGAGGUGGAAAUAUCAUCUGCAACAAGGAAAGAUGAUAUCGUGUCGGAAAAAAUGAACUCCAUGGUAAAUGAAGAUGAAUCAUCUAGUUUCGCGGAAGUGAAAUCAGCAGGAAAUGAUAUCCACCCAGUGGUUGAAAGACCAAGUUGCAGUGAUGCUGCACUGAGUGUUGAGACUGAGGAAGAUGAGGACAUUCAAAUCGAUGCAUCUUCCAAUGAUGUCUUAACCUCACAGACAUCUCAUCACAGUCAGGUGAUUUCAGGAAAUGAGACUGAAGUUGUUCCAGGCGCCUCCUAUUCCAUGAACAACAAUGCUAAUAACAGCAAAUCACUUUCUCAAGUGGAAGAUGUUGACGCUAAAGCUGAUAUGCAAGGUAUCCAAAGCAACCAAGGAAAGAAGUCUACAUACGACCGGAUUAACCUCAGUGAAUCAUGGCAAGCUACAUCGAAGAAACAUGAGAUGAAUCCAGCUAUGGCAGCCAUUAAAGCUUUUAUCACUGCAUUUAUAAAUUUUUGGAUGGACUAGCAGUUUUUGACAGUGAAGCUAUAAGAAUGUAGGUCUCUACUCUCCAGCACAAAGAAACCAGCAGCCACUUAGCCAUGCGUUUAUAAAGUUUUGGAUGGAGUAGCAGUUUUUGAGAGUGAAAUAAUCAGUAAGAAUUUAGGUCUCCAGAAGUGCUUGCUUGAGUAAUGCAAGUAUUUCUGGUCGAUUAGAAUUCGUGUUUAUUGUAUUAUCUGGCGCCGAGUGUUGUCACAUUUUAUUAUUUGGUUCUUGAUGGUGAUAACGGGCAACGCUUAUCAUUAGGUUGUUCUGUGUUGUCACCAAUCUUAGAUGUCAUGUGGUUGAGCAUCCACUGAUUGUGCUUUUUGAGCCUGGCUUAUGAAGUUCUAUUCAUCAGAAACUAAUCCCGAGUGCUAUUGUAAUUUGGGAACUGCAUUACUUUCUAGUAGUAUCUACUGCCUGCUUGAAAGGAUUUCAAGAUGUUAAAUCCGAAAUUUGCUCGUU